UAAAAAUGGAGGACUCAAGAAUGGAAAGUAGAAAAAAUUUCUUCAAAAUACAGAUCAAGUGAAAGGAAAAAUGCGAACAAUUCAUGGUGUCUUUGAGAAAAUAAUAAAAAACAGAAGUUGUUUCGUGCUUUUAGGGCCAAACGGGACCAAAAUGCUAAGACGGAGGAGCAAAAUUUGGCACAGAAAGUUCAGAUAGAGUCAGCAUAUCAAAAAGUCGAGGAGAGUGAAGCCCUUGAAAGACUGGAGAAAAUCCAUCAGCAUUUGGUCUUGAUAGAUGCAGAACAGAUACGCCCUGACUUUAUUGAUGCAGAUAUUGGAGACCUUGACUAUCUUUUUGAGCACAUUAUUCCUAAAAAUAUUAAUAUUGGAAAGAAAAUGAUCCAAAUUAUUGCUUUAUUGUGAAAAAUACAUGAAGAUGGAAUUGAAUUAGGAGUUUUCUUAACAACAUUAACUGAACAUGAAGAUAUAAUUCGUUUCCUUGAUUCAUGCUGUAAAAGCCUUUUAAACGAAGAAAUGACUGAUAACUGCCUCAGAAUCUGACAAACUCUUUCCGUAAUCUCUAAAGGUUUUGAAGAUGAAAUUAUUGAAAGUAGAGGCUAUCUCCAAGCUCUUACUCGAUUUUGAAGUGAAUUCUUACUAGAGCGAGAACAAGAUAAAACCCAAGCCCUGGUGCUAUUGAGAAUAUUAGAACCUAUUUUUGACAAAUUCUGUGUAGACUCCUUGGGAGAAAUAGCUGAUGCUGUUAGAGCCCUAGCACGAUACGAUUGGGCUAUGAAACAAUUUUUUAAGACUGAUUCGAAAAUACUUAAAGUGAUGAUUAUCUGUCUGAAUUUUACUCCAAACGGGGUAUACAAAUAAAUUUCUGAAUACUUUUGAUCAGCUCAUCAAAUUUAUUGAUCCAGAGUGUUUAGAAAUGCUGAUAAGCAAUGGGCUGCUGGAAGCAUUGUUCACUCUUCUUCAAGGUAAACUCAAACCGGGUGACGAAGAGCGCCAAGAUCUGAGGACAGUGGUCUAUAGAAUUAUUAAUAUGAUCAUUUGUAAGGGCUGUGUCUAUACCGAGCAGAUUUACAGGAGUAAAGUAAUGGUCCAUAUAGCACAAGUUCAUGAUGAUUUUGGGCUAAUCGAAACAGUACCUCUUAAGCUAAAUCUUUUGCGUUAUCUGCAGAGAUAUACCAAAAUGCAGUAUCUUUGUAGCAAAAAUUUCAUGGAUAACCUCAUAAAAACUCUGGAUUUGUGAACAAAUAUCGAUCAAACACAGUGGUGCUUAGAGGUUUUUAAAAUAGCUAUGGAGCUAUCUCUUAACAACGAGAUCCCAUGAUUUGAGAGCUUAUGUAAAAAGUUUAUCACUAAAAUUUGAGAAUCUCCAGUGGUCCUGAAAUUAGAUGAGUUGAGUUUUAAUUCAAAUGCAAAAAUCGGCAUUCUUUCCAGGUCCAUUUUGGGAUUUAUAGAAAAAGCAAAAAGACAAGAAUUAGAACUCAGUGAGAGCUUUUCCUUCUGUACAUGGAGCAAGAGCAGGAGUGAUUAA